CACCUCACCAGCUAAAGACUCAGCUUGACAACAUUUUUAAUGCACAGCAUUGCGAAAGGGCUGUUGUGCGGUUACAGUUUUUAGAAAGAUAGACAGGCAGUGAUAUAGACAGCCGAUGUUGUGAAGAAAAAAAGUGUCUUUGAGUUUGUUCGAUACAAAGUGGAGGUUUGUGGAAGCAGCUCAGCCUUAGAACGACAUCUUACCACAACGAUACCACGGCCCUCAGAAGAGAGGAGCAGCUGAAGAUGGAGGUUCCCCUAGAGGGGGAUGUGCAGGGCAGCCCUGGAGAGGGAUCCAGUCCAGAAGAAGACAGUGGACAUGGACAUAUGGGUAAGAAGAUGCAGCAGGACCACAAAUCUCACAUGCUGAAGAGGUUUCAGUGUCUGAUGGAGGGACUCCCACAUCAGGGAAGCUCCACACUGCUCAGAAAGAUCUACACAGACCUCUACAUCACAGAGGGGGAAGGAUGUGGUGUCAAUGAAGAACAUGAGGUCAGACAGAUAGAGAGGGCAUCCUGGAGAGAAGCAGCACAAGGCAGGCCAAUCACAUGCAGUGACAUCUUUGAACGCUUAACUAAACAAGGCAAGACCUCAUCUCAACAAGUCAAGACCGUAGCUAAGGAAGGUCAACACUCAUCUAAACAAGUCAAACCUAUUGGAAUAGUGCUGACAAAGGGAGUGGCUGGCAUUGGAAAAACCGUCUCUGUGCAAAAGUUCAUUGUUGACUGGGCUGAAGGAACGUCCAAUCAGGAUCUCAACUUCAUAUUUCCAAUUCCUUUCCGGGAGCUGAAUAUGAUGAAGGAGAAAACCAUCAGUCUGAUUGAUCUUAUCAGACACUUUUUCUCAGAUAUGAAGGAUCCAAGACUCGCCACCAGUUUGGAGAACAGAGUCAUGUUCAUCUUUGAUGGUCUGGAUGAGUGUCGACUUCCUCUGGACUUUAGCCACAAUAAAAAGUGUUCUGAUGUGACAAAGUCAGUGCCAGUGGAUGUGCUGCUGACAAACCUCAUUCAGGGGAAUCUGCUUCCCUCUGCUCUCCUCUGGAUCACCACCCGGCCAGCAGCAGCCAAUCAGAUCCCUCAUGAGUAUGUGAACCAGAUGACAGAAAUACGAGGAUUUAAUGACCCACAGAAGGAAGAGUACUUCAGGAAGAAGAUCAGGGAUGAAAGUCUGGCCCGCAGAACCAUCACUCACCUGAAGUCAUCCAGAAUUCUCUUCAUCAUGUGCCACAUUCCAGUCUUCAGCUGGAUUAUAGCUACAGUAGUAGAGAAAAUAUCAGGGAGCUUAGAAAUGCCAAGGACUCUUACCCAAAUGUACACACACUUCCUGAUCAUUCAGGUUCGAAUUAAAAACACCAAGUACACAGAGUCAGAUAAGAGAGAUGAAGAGAUGAUUUCCAAACUGGGGAAACUGGCUUUCCAACAGCUUGAGAAGGGAAAUCUGAUCUUCUAUGAGAAAGACCUGAGAGAGUGUGGCAUUGAUGUCAAAGAAGCAUCUGUGUACUCAGGAGUGUGUACUCAGAUCUUCAGAGAGGAGGCUGGGCUUCAGGGGAAUGUGUUCAGCUUUGUGCACCUGAGCAUUCAAGAGUUCCUUGCAGCUUUAUAUGUGUUCCUCAGCUUCAUCAGUGCACAACAUCAAACCUCAUCAAAGCUCUCUCUGUUCAGACAUAUAGCACGUGUUUUCGGAAAAAAGAAAACCUCUCGGCUCUCCGUUCUGUUCAGAGCUGCAACACUUCAUGACUUACACAAGACUGCAUUGGAUCUGGCCUUACAGAGUAAGAAUGGACACCUGGAUCUUUUCCUUCGCUUCCUCCUGGGCCUUUCACUGGAGUCCAAUCAGAGUCUCCUAAGACAUCUACUGCCCCAGACCAGCAGCCAAUCACAGAGCUCAGAGCAAACAGCCCAGUUAGUCAAACAGAAGAUCAGAGAGCAGAAUGAGUCCAACAGGAGGAUCAACCUGUUCUACUGUUUGAAUGAGCUGAAUCAGCAUACUGUAGUGGAGCACAUUGACAGCAGCUUAGGGACUCUGUCUGUAGAGAUGCUCUUACCAGGACAGUGGAAGACUGAGGAGUUUAAAUUCAAGACUUCAACAGAGUAUCUGAAGAGGUUUGACCUGCAGAAGUACAUAAAGACCCCAGAGCUGGACCAGACUGACCUCCUCAGCCCAGAUGACGUCCUCCAGAAGCUGACCGAUGUGUUCACAUCAUCCACCUCAGCAGAGCUGCAGUCCUGUCCCCUGUCAGAAAAGAGCGUUUCUCAUCUGGUCUCUGCCAUGACCUCACACACCUCACGUCUCACACAGCUGACGCUGAGGGGCACAGACACAUCAUCAUCAUCAUCACUGACUGUGUCCUCUUCAGCUGGGUGUCAUCCAGACUGCAAACCCCGGGAGUUGAGCCUGGAGGGGUGUAAUCUGACAGAGGAGAUCUGCAAUCUGGUGUCUGAUCUGACCUCACACACAUCUACACUCUCUGGGAAACGCCUGGAGAAAGAGGAGGAGGUGGAACGAUUAUGUUGUACUGUUAGUCAUCAAGACUGCAGACUGGAGAAACUACAGUAA